AUGGAGUCGGAUGGAGUGUUCUUCGUGCACCCUGUCGGCAAUUACGGCAUAUCUGCGUUCACGGGACAGUACCCAGCACCGACGCAAACUUCCGUGCAGCCGACCACAGGACUUUACGAGUUUUCGGUGAAAUUGCAGGAUUAUUCCCUAUGUCAUUUGGUGAAUUCGUUAAGUGAGGCGCACAAAGAAGCACGUGUACGAGUGAAGUGUCGUAAAAGGCGCGGCCGUUGGGCGGCGAAGCGUGCAAGUCUGAGAAGCAGUGCGAGUGCUCGGGCAAGAGUGGCCGAGUGGGAGCGAAAACUGAACAGACUGCGCAUUUCGCUGCAUUCGUUUGGUAAAAGCAUGGUAUCGGCGUGCGAGCUGUAUCUGGAACUUAGCGGGGAUUUUGAGGAGCUGAUCGCCGUUCUGUGCAGCAAAUCACCACUGCAACGUCCUCGUGCCGUUUUCAAUCUCGUUGAAAUUUACGCGAUCACCUUGGUGCGAUUGCAGCAGUACUGUGCCGUGGAAACCAACAAUGGCUGCGAAACACUUAUUUGUAAAGCAGUUCGUGAAGUUUUGUUGUUUUGGUUCCGCGAUAUGCAUCGGAAUGUUGCUCAGUACGAUUGCUACUGGUUGCACACACGCGCUGUGCUUACCCACAUGUUCAGGAAACUGGUCAGCUUAGAGCGUAUCGUUGCUGUGAGGCACGAACUGGGAUCAGUGCACAAUGCUCUCACAGUGCGUCUGUUGGAUAAAAAGGACGACAAAUGCGAUUUGUAUGUCUGCGAGCAGAUCGAAUAUUUCUUGGACGUACUGUCACAGUCCGCAGCAAGUGCUGCGUUUGCCCUUUCGAGUACGAAUGUGGCAGCUAUUAGCAGUCAGCUUGACCGUAUUGGAAGGCGAGUUGCAAUGACUGGAGGUGAGGGGAAGGCUAGAAAUACAAGCCUCACAAUGCGUCUGUUGGAUAAAAAGGACAACAAUUGCGAUUUAUAUGUCUGCGAGCAGAUCGAAUAUUUCUUGGACGUACUGUCACAGUCCGCAGCAAGUGCUGCAUGUAAUUUGAUAUCGAACUCUGUGUAG